AUGAUCGAAGGCUGGGUUAAUCAGGCGAUUUCGCUAUCGACGCUCGCUGUUCGUCUUGCUGCUGCCAUACAAACAAAUAAGCCAGGCCAAAUGUGGGGUGUUUCUGUAAGAAGUGUCAAAUCUGGCCGCAAUGCGGCACACCAACUCCGGGUCGAUAAUGCCCACUUUGGAGUUCCUGACCCCGGCGACUCGAUUUACUUCAACAACCUUGUUUCAAAAACAGACCAAUGUGGGCACAAGGAUCGACUAGAAGAUUUCAUCUUUCAUUCCAACACUCAUGGAUCCUGGAUUCCUUCUCGAUCCCGUCUUAGACAGGCACUGCUUCCGGUUGCGGCCAAAGAUCCGACUGCAAUUCUCGAAUUCAACAGCGCGGCUUUACUCUUUGACGCUCGAGUAGUUUGUGCAAGGCUCAAGCUCACAGAUUGGAAAUUUACCAUGACCAGGAUGGACGAUGGGAAUCAUGCCACCCUAGUCACCGGGCCACUUAAAAACGGACCAAAAAUGGGAAAACCUGUACCUUGA